CUCGAGAAUGACCACCGGGUCAUUAAGUGCUUCUUAAUCCUUCUCUGUUAUUCUUCGUUCUCUUACACUCUAUAUCAGCUUAAUAAUGAAGCUAAAUAUGCCCUUCUUGUCCUUCUUCUAUCUAUAACAUUGGGAGUUAUACGUAACAAGCUGCGUGCCAAUUCCUAUCCAUCUACACAUCCUCAUUCUUCGACCACUUCCUUCAACAACUCGAAAGCUGACCUCGAUUAUUCGCAUAAGACAUCAGCACAAUGGCAGACGACCACAGAACCUCUGAUCCCGUAAAUGGGCCAGCGGACGACAUCACCAUCACCAUCACCCACCGCAACACUCCUCACAGCUUCACUUUCGACUCCACUGCCACAAUAUCCGACCUUUCCUCCACCAUCGAGCUCCAACUCGGCAUCCCAGCCGCGAACCAAAAGUUUCUCAUCCCGAAACAAGGCCUACAACAACCACCGUUUAAGAACCCGUCCCUCCCCCUCGCACCACUCCAAUCCACCAAAAUCCAACUCCUCGCCCCGCCCCCGCAAGAACUCGCCUCCCUCCAAGCCGCCUCCGACCUAGCCGCCCGGCGCGCCCAAGCCCGCGCCCAAGCCGCCUCCCGCACCGCCGCGAAACCCUUCCCGACAAGCCGGACCAGCACCCGCGCCCGCGAGGAAGAGACCUACACCUUCCUCACCCUACGCCCCCUCCCCUGGCUCCCGCGCCCAGACCGCAGCCUCGCCAUGCUGCAGCGCCUCAAGUCCGACCCGGGCAUCCGCGCCGCCAUGCGCACCCACCGCUUCACCGUCGACCUCCUCACCGAGAUGGAACCCCUCUCCAACACCGCCUCCACGCACGAGGGCACCUCCCGCCUGCUCGGCUUGAACCGGAACAAGGGCGAGGUCAUCGAGCUGCGCCUCCGCACCGACGCCCACGACGGCUACCGCGAUUACGCCACCGUCCGCCGCACCCUCUGCCACGAGCUCGCCCACAAUGUCCACGGCGACCACGACCGCCACUUUUGGGACCUCUGUCGUCGCAUCGAGCGUGAGGUCGACGCCGUGAGCGCGGGUCGCACUACCGCUGAUGAUGCCGGUUACUCGUUCGCCCCCGCGCGAGGGGGAGAAGAAGAAGAAGAAGCCGGAGAAUACAAUGUGCAAGACCACGGAGGCUGGCAGGGGGGCGAGUUUGUCGUCGGUGGUGGGGAAGGCGUGCCGAGCAAUCAGGGCUUGAGCAGGAGGGAGAUACUGGCGCGGGCGGCGGAGGAGAGGUUAAGAAGGAUGAAUAUGGAGCGGCCCGACGGUGGGAAACCUGAUUCUGGGCCCGGGACACCCGGGUGAGGACAUGUGAGGGUUGGUUCGGUGUCUUCGUGCAUGCCGUGUGAUACAAGAUGUAUGUUUCUUCCAAAGGACGAGCAUGUUUUGAGUUGGCAUUUUUGGUUAGCGACAGUUCGACUCCAUGGCAUUUCUUCUGGGAUAAUAAAACAAUACCAAAAACAACCAUCAAUAUUACAAUGACCUUUACAACAUAAACAUUCGCAAAACCACCCGAUUAUUAAUCGAAGUACUCGAAAAGAGCUUGCGGUCAGCCCCGGGAAGAAAGGUAUGUGAGAAUUAGCUAGACAUAACACAAAUACACGGAUGGACUUCAGCCAGCAUGUAAUUUAGACGCUGCUAUGAACACCCA